GCGCUAGGCGCAAGCUCCAGCCUCUCCCCUUUCCGUCUCCCGUUUUUGCGCGCAGCAGUUGUUCGCUUUCUUUCUCUCUCGCGCUCUUCUUUAUUGUUCCUGCAAAGACACCCGGCCGCAGAAGCAGAAGCCGAGCAAGCAUGGACGACCCCGACCAGUCCCCCUUGGUCUCUUCUUCCACUGCACCAGCAGCAGCCGGACAGCCCGAGAAACCCCUUUUCCAGUACCAGUUUGUGAGGGACCCGGAGCACUACGAAGAGGAGGACGAAGACGACGACGAAGAGGAGGAGGAGGAAGAAGUGGAUGACGAGCAGCUGGAAGUGAGGGAGAGGAAGCCCGCUGCCGCCGCCGCCACCGCCCCGGCUCCUUUCUCCGCACCGCCGGUGUCCGCCUCCGCCCCGCCUCUGCUGGACCUGGGCGCCUCCAGGGAGCAGCCCCCCAGGCCCCCGCCGGCCCCCCAGCCGGCCUGGACCAGCCACCCCGUCUCCUCCUCGUCCUCGCCGUUCGCUUUCGCCGACGCCUCAGAGUUCUCCGUUCCUGAGGAGAAGGAGAAGGAGCCCCCCCGCAGCGCCCCGCUGCCGCCCCCGCCGGCCCCCCCGCACCGCGAGGAGCCCCGGGCCCCGGCCGUCCCGCCCCGCAGCGCCCCCCUGCCGCCCAAGAGAGAGGACCCCCCCGUGGUGGUCAAGAAGGGCGCCGCCUCGGGCUCUCCUGAUGAGACCCUUUUUGCUCUUCCUGUUGCAUCUGAACCUCUGAUGCACUCUCCUGCAGACAAAGGUUUGGACUUGCAAGAACAGCUGGGUCGCGCAUGCUCAGCCAGCCAAGAAGAUUUCGCUGCUGUCCCGCUUGAUGCUACUGCUUCUCUUCCCUCCUUCUCUCCUCUCUCAGCCAAUCCUUUUAAAGAGUAUGCAGCCCUCGAUGCAAUCUCAGGAGGACUAUCUGCAAAAGGCAGUUACGGUCAAAUUGAAAGUGAAGCAUUUAAAGCAACCACCAAAAAUGCACAAAAUCCAUUCCUCGCAGAGAUUGCUGGUGAGGUUCCAGAACUAAAGCACUCAGAUGUGGUGCCCCCAUUCGCUGGAGCAGAGCCUUUCUUUUUAUCUCAGACCAAGGAGCCAACGGGCACUAAAGGAAGUUCUGAUAUAGAGAAGUUCUCCACAUACCAGCAGGACUCAUCCCCAGAGUCGCCUGUUGAAUUAUUCGCAAAGCAUGAUAAAGAUGCAUCUCUUGAUGGGAAGCAUGAUAUUGACGAUCACGUUGGAAAAGUGGCUUUCAUAGACGACCAUUCUGCAAAGGAUGAAUAUGUGGAUUUCAAGCCUUUUGAAUCAUCCUGGACUGGCAAUGAAAGCAGCCAUUUGAAAGAUGUUCCAAGGAAUGAGGUGGAUGGCAAGUUAGAAAGUGGCAUAGAUAAAUACGAUGUGGAGAAGGAUAAGACUCUGUAUACACAGAAAGACUUUGAAAAAGAGAAUGGAAGCAGCAAUGAAGAUAUUUCUUUCCCCAGCACUCCAGAUGCCCCAAAGGAAUCUUCACAAGCUUAUAUUACUUGUGCCAAGUUUGAGUCGAUUGCAGCAGUUGAAGGCAGCACAGCCAAGUCUCCCCUACCGGUAGAAGAACAGGCUUCUGAAAAUAAAACGGAUGAGAAGAAGAUAGCAGAAAUGAAGGCCCAUUUUGGCACAGAGCCGAGCAGUACCCACACUGAGUUGGCAAGUGGCCAGGGCCAGGAAGCUGAUUCCAAUAAAGCAGAGGAUCCGCUGAAGAAGCCUGCUGAUGCAGUGGCUAAUAUGCCUGAAGGCCUUACUCCAGACCUAGUGCAAGAAGCGUACGAGAGUGAACUCCAUGAUGCCAUUAGCCCCAAACUUGCCUACGAAACAAAGAUUGACUUGGUUCAAACAUCUGAGCCAUCGCAAGAGCCUUUGCAUGCUGCUGUACAGCUCUGUCCCUCCUUUGAAGCAGGGUCAGAAGCAGCUCCGUCCCCAGUUUUGCCAGAUAUUGUCAUGGAAGCACCGCUGAAUGCAAGCACUGUUGGGGUGGGUGGUCCUGCUGUUCAGCUUGAAACCUCCCCAUUGGAAACUUUUACUACUGCUGGAGACUACGAGAACGACUAUGAGAAUGUAAUGCAGAAGUCUGAGAAGCCUCCAUCUUAUCAGGAGGCAAUGAAUGUAGCAGCACCCCAGGCUCAAGGAAGCAAGGUGGAAGCUGUUGAAAAGGGACCUGACUGUAAGAAUGAUGCACCUCUAGAAGACUUGGAGAAUUCAUAUAUAUCCAUUGCAUGUGACUUAGUUAAAGAAACAAACGCCUCUAAUGAAUCUGCUUCGAUGGGCUUUGCCGAUUACUCCAAGACAGAAUGUGUUUCACAACCUGUGCCUGAACAUACUGAGCUUCUUGAGAAAACAUUGCUACCAUCUGGAAAAAGCGACUCAUUUAGCAGUCAGCCAGAACUUGAUCUCGCUCAGAAAAAGAAAGAGGACGUGAAAGAGAAGCCACUUGAAACAGCCGCUAAGAUUGUACCAAAGGGAGGUCAGGAGGAGAAACGUGAGGAGUUGCCACCUUCCCUUAGCAAGCCCUACUUGGAAUCCUUCCAGCCUCAACUGGAACCUUCCAAAAUUGCACCCACUUCUUGGUCUCUGGAAGCAGAGGCUGCAGAGCUGGCUAAGAAGGAGAAGACUCCCCAGCUGCCCAUGGAAGAUCUCGAAGCUUAUGCAUAUGAUUUCCCUGUUCCUAAGGAACCCAAAGUGGGAGACAAAAUUGUGCUAUCAGCAGAAUCCUCUCCAGAGAGUGAUGACUUCCCCACAAUCCCUUAUCAAGCUAAGUUGGUGACCGGAGCGACAGAAAAGGUUGCAUUAAAGGAGAAUGAAAGUAGAGAGCCUUGUGGUGUGGUCAAAACUGAAGUGAGGCAGUCUCCUUACCAAGAGGUAGCCCAGGACCUGUCUUUAAAGAAUGUACAUGUCAAAAUUGAAGAACCAGAUUUUGCCUUGGAAAAACCUUCUGAGAAACUGGACAGAGAUGUACCUAAAGCAACAAAGGAGCCUUUGCCCCCAGCUGAUGUUACUCCAUUGCCUGCAGAGAAAAAGGUAGUCAGUAUAGAAAAGGAAGCUGAGAGAGGAGUUGCUUCUGUUAAAGAAAAGGAGAAAAAACGCCCUAUCUUUUCAUCAAAGCUGAGUAAACCUUCAGUGGUUGACCUUCUUUACUGGCGAGACAUUAAGAAGACAGGUGUGGUGUUUGGAGCCAGCUUGUUCCUGUUGCUUUCUUUAACGGUGUUCAGUAUCGUGAGUGUGGUUGCUUAUAUCGCCUUGGCCCUCCUGUCAGUGACCAUCAGUUUUAGGAUAUACAAAGGAGUUAUCCAGGCAAUCCAAAAAUCUGACGAAGGUCACCCAUUUAGGGCUUACUUGGAUAAAGAUGUCGCUGUGUCUGAGGAGCUUGUCCAAAAAUACAGUCAUGUUGUGCUUGGCCACCUCAACAACACAGUUAAGGAGCUCAGGCGUCUCUUCCUAGUGGACGACUUGGUGGAUUCUCUAAAGUUUGCAGUGUUGAUGUGGGUGUUCACCUAUGUUGGUGCCUUGUUCAAUGGUCUGACAUUGCUGAUACUGGCUCUGGUUUCCCUCUUCAGUAUUCCUGUUAUUUAUGAAAAGCACCAGGCUCAAAUUGACCAUUACGUGGGACUUGUGAACAAGAAUGUUAAAGAUGCAGCGGAAAAGAUCCAAGCUAAAAUCCCUGGACUGAAGCGCAAAGCUGAAUGAAAAACCUGAAGCAACUUUUAUUAAAAUAGGAGUUUGUCUUUUAAGUGGGAAGGGGAGGCAUAUUCAUUUGGAUUAUGUGGGGAGGGUCAGGGAAUAGCAAAACCUUGACAUUGCAGUGCAAUUUCACAGAUCUUUAUUUUUUAGCAACGCAGUGUUUCGAGGGGGGUGGGGAAUAACCUGUUCUUGACUGCCAUUGUGUGUUCAUCAUAAGUAUUGUAAGCUGCUAUGUAUGGAUUUAAACCUAAUCCUCUUUGCUUCUCCCAUGUGCAGCACUGGUUAACAUAACAGAUUGGAGAGCUGUACAUUUUAUGCUUUGGCCAAGGUAGUCUUGCUGCGUUUCAAGAGAGCCUAGUGCAAGUGGAGUGCGGGGAGAACACUUCACUUUGGCACAGUCUCUGGUCUGUGUAGAUUGAUUGCAGAUUUUCUAAAAUGAGAUGUUUAGAAGGAUAUGCCAUUAAAGCAAGCUUGAAAAGCCUUGCCCUUCUGGUAUUGAGUGUAGCUGUAUUGUGCUUUUUAAUUUUACUGUUUUAUCAAUUGCCAAUAUAAAAAUUAUAUAUAUAUAAAUAUAUAUAUAGUGUUUCACAGCAGCUUAGGAUGUCCAGCUCCUCCACAGUGCUUGACAUAUCAGAGAAUUGAACUGGUUUUUUUAGCUCCAUGCUAUGUAAGCUUAAAUCUACAGAAAGCACUAGCAUCUAUUAAAUAAACAAAAACCAACUCUGCACAUUACACAAUUUCUGCCAAUAACCUCUGCUGCACAAACCUCCUUUAGUCUAUUUUGAGUAAAGAAGUUUACAGUCUCUCAAACUCUGAAUCUGUGGAAGGAAUUUCUGAAGGUAUGAUCCUGAGAUCUUUGCAAGUAGAGCAAGGAAGACCCAGCAUGCUUGUUCUCCAUUCUGCUCAGAAUCCUCUGAAUCUCGGCAUGGAUCGGUGGGUCGUGCCCCGAUGCUGCAAAUGUCGUUUGGAAAUUUCGAACAUCGUUGCAAGAAAUUACAAAUGAAAAUGUAUACACUUGCGGUUUAAGCUGUAUCGAACUAAGUCUGUGGAAUGCGUUGUGAAAUGUAAAAACAAAACAACUUGAGUAUCAAUAAAGCGUAUAGACCUAAA